CUCAUCAUUUGUUUUGUUUUUCUACUACAAAAGAAAAACAAAUUUAUACAUUUUAUAAUCGACUUCCUUUUCUUUCUCUGCUGAUUAUUAUUUUCAUUUGUAAUUCAGAAUCUCUCGUAAAAUGGAUCCGGACAUUGAAAUUCGUAAAUUGCCACCAAGCGUGGUAAGAGAAUUUUCUUCGAUACUAGAUUAUGAUGACUCUUGGAAGAGGCUUAUGGCUAUUAUACCCAAGCAAUUAAGCAAAAAUGGAUACAACAGUGACAUAAGUGCAGAUAACUUAGCAAAAUAUAAUUCUGAACACUUUAAAAUAGUUGAAUUGGGCGGAAUCAGACUCAAUAGAUCUUGUACUGAAAUCUUAUUUGACGAAUGGGGCACUUCUGGAAGACCUCGGGCCACCAUUGGCCAUGUAAAAUAUCUUCUCACAAAAGCACAGCUUUUCAGAGCUGCUGAUUACGCAUCUAAGCUCUUGGGCGAAGAUCCACCUCCUAGACCUGCCAGUGGUCCUGCUGCAACUAUAAAAAUUAAUUCAUCAGAACUUGCCGCUUCUAUCGAUGUUGAGAGGCAUUUGGAUGAAAUUAAUUAUCCCCAAGUGGCCAUACAACAAAUAAGAAAUAAGGAAUCGGAAAUUAAGAAUCUUGUCUCAGUCAUUCCUGCAAUAUUUGUUAGCGAAGUAAAAACUACUGCAGAAACUGUUCAAAUUCCUUUAGUAGUUCCAAAAGAAAAACCACACACUUCAGAAGAAGAAACUGCUAAUGUGGACAGUUUAGCUUCAGUAUUAGUUCCUGAUAUACCAAAUCUCUUACAAGGGUCAAGUGAGUCACAAAUUGAACCAGCCUCUACCCACCUUAUGACAACCAAUUCCAAUUCCAAUAAUGAAGAUUUUAUUCCAGCAAUUAGUCAAAUGUUAAAACAAGAAAGUGCUGAUAUUAGUUCUACCACCAAUACAGAAGAAUCAAUAGAAGCAUCAGAUACUUCAAGCUAUACCAUAGAUAGUGACAUCAUUCUUGGCUCAACUGCAAUGAACUCAAACAAAAUGAAUACAAAUUCUGAUUUGAUACCCAAAUUUGAUUCAGAUAUAGUACCAAAAAUGUAUUCAGACUCUAUACCCAAUUUAGAUUCAGAAUUGAUACCAAAAUUAGACUCAGAAUUAAUACCGACAUUAGAUUCAGAAUUGAUACCAAAAUUAGACUCAGAAUUAAUACCCACAUUAGAUUCAGAAUUGAUACCAAAAUUAGAUUCAGAAUUAUUACCCACAUUAGAUUCAAACUUGAUAUCCAAAUCACAUUCAGAUUUAAUACCUAACUUUGAGAUGUUGCAACUGAGCAAUGAAAAUGACCAUUCAAAUAUAUCACUGACAGGCUCUAGUUCAGACGCUUCAAGUUCCGUUUUGCCUAGUAUCUCUCUCAAUACUCAGCUUCCUCAUUUUGACUAUAGCAAGCUGGAAGAUGCUACAAAUAGGUUCUCAUCUGACAAAGAAAAUGGAAGGUUUUUGGGUGCUGGAGCUUUUGGAUCUGUUUUUCUGGCUACAGACCUGUUGGAUAAACCAGUUGCUGUGAAGAAAAUAUUUCUAGAUCAUGAAAAACUAUCAAACGAAAUAGAGCAAAUCACAGAACAAUUCAGGAACGAAGUAGAGCUUUUAUGCAAAUACAAACAUGACAACUUGGUUUCAUUACUUGGUUAUUCUUGUGAUGGUCCUACAUACUGUUUAGUGUAUGAGUAUGUAUCUGGAGGCUCAUUGUUUGAUGUAUUACAGAAUAAUCCCCAAAAAAUAUUGUGGAAAUCAAGAAUACAAAUCUCACUAGGAACUGCAAGAGCGAUUGCUUACUUACACACAGCUUUUUCCACACCUCUUGUUCACCGAGAUAUUAAGUCGGCCAAUAUUUUAUUAGAUGACAACAACAAUGCAAAGCUUGGCGAUUUUGGCAUCGUAAAACUACUACCAAGUCAAAACACCGAGUUGGAGUCAACCCCUUGUGGUACUUCAGCAUAUAUGCCACCAGAGUAUCAUAAUGGAGAAAUUUCUGUUAAACUUGACACAUUUAGUUUUGCCGUGGUUCUUUUGGAGCUUUUAACAUCCCUUCCACCACUUGAUUAUCAUAGACCAGGAGGUGACUUGGUUACAUAUGUAGAAGAUCACUGUGAGGAUUCAAUUGACGCAUUAUUAGAUACAAAAAUUGGCACUUGGAGAGAAAACAGAAUAAAUUUCGCACAAGAACUGUACUAUUUAACUCUAGAGUGUUUGAAAGAGAAGAUGUCAAGGCUCCCAAUGGUUGACGUAUUAAGAUUGUUAGAAUGCAUACACGACAAACUAGGAAAGUAGUUUUUUUUAACGUAGGUGUUUGCACAGAAAAACAAAUCCCGCCAAAUUAAUAAAAUUGAUGACAUGCCGAUUUUUUAUUUGAUGCUAGUCAGUAUUUUCUUUUCGAUUCAGUAUUCUUUGUUUUAUAAGUUCCAGUUUCAUAAAUAAAAGUAACUGCUCGAUAAAAAUGCACCAAUGUGAAUUUCUGAUUAUUGCUAACCCAUCAAAUUCCAUACCAUGGAAGUAAAGCGUUUUGAACACUAAUUGAACACAUGCCAAAUAUCUUUUAUUCUUUGUUUCGGAACUUUACUCAUCACACUGAUCCUUUGAUUUUUUACAAUCAAUACUGAGUCACACAGUAUCCCACCAAGCCAAAAUCUAACUGAAAGUGUUGAAUCCUCAUAUAGCGUGGUUUUUGUUCGAAAACAGUUAAAGCGAAUAAUGAACCUUCAAAAUAGUUUGUAGGUUUCUUUGUUCAACAAGACACUGUACAUACUUUAGACAAAAACCCGCUAUCUUGCGGGCCUCUAAAAAGUCUGAAUGUUCCACUAGAAUAUUCUCUCAAAAAUUGCGUAUUUCCGGGAAAUAUCGCGAGUUGACAAUUCAGUCAUUCUGGAGGCCUGCCACUGCGGAUUUGCAUAGCACAAUCAGAAUUUAAUUGGCAUAUCUCUCUCGAAAAGAUGCUACAUAAUUAUCAAAUUAAAUGAAUUUUAAAUAAUCGAUGUUGGUAUAAUAGUACCACUAAUACUUGUGCAAAUACCUACCUGAAAAAAAUUUAAAAAAAUUAAGGCUGUUAGAGAAAAGAGUUAUAUUUUAAUGAAACAGCCUCCAAGACUUGAAGCGACACAAAACUUUGACACAUUUAUAAAAUAAAACCCUUUUCUCCAUUUAAAUUGUUUGUAAUCAUCUCUGUUAUUGUUAGUUGUUCGGGAGAAACGAAAAUGUAUUUUUUUUAAAUGUAAAAAGAUAAUACAGCUUUUAGAUUUAUUUACAGUUUAGACAAUAAUCAUGUAUGUAACGUAUAGGGGAGAGUGUUACACCUUUCUAUAUUGUCGAAUAUAUAUACCAAAUUGGGUCUUUCACUGCAAUUGUUACAACAUACUUCACUUACAUUGAUUAAAAUCAUGACCUUUUUGCAAGCAAUUACACAGUUUUAUUAAUUUUAUUUAUUCCUUUUUUUAUUUUUGAAGGAAGUGCAAUAAAAUCAGCACAUUUGUAAAAAGAGUGCUGUAUGAUGUGAACAUGGCUAUCGGUCUAACUGUUUUGCAGCUACGGCCUUUCGGAGAUUGUCCUUACAAAAUGUUGGUACAUUUUCUUGUUUAAAGUUGUACCCGCUGCAAAAUACUGGCAAAUACUUUCUCUGGAGGCCCAUUAACCAUUAAAUUGCUUUUAGGAUUUUUCUACAGACCAAUUCAUACAAAAGCAAAUUAUGGUUUUUCCAGGUAUAGGCUCUAGUGUCCUAAAUGAAUCACUUCUGAGACCCUAUUCAGGACGCCACAAAAAGACCGUUUUUAUUAUUAUUUUUAAAGAUAGAAUGAUGAACGGACCAGUUCGAUGUAACUAUCAGUCUGUAAUAUAUUUUCUCCUCUUUUUUUUUGAAACUCGAAAGCAUUUUUGGCCCUGCCUUAUACUGCAUCUAUUCGAUUCUAAGAUUUUAGGCGGUGCUAAAUUUGAUUUUUAUAUAUGGAGCAAAAUUUAAUUUUCAGCUAAAAUAUUUCAAUAGAUCUUUCUAAGGUGAUACUGUAAUAGAAUCAUCUGUUUAAAAGAUACUGUGCCGGUGUUAUAUCGCCGAUUUAUAUAUAGGUCUAUCCAGUUUCUAUUUUUAUUACAACCUACGAAAAUUUGCCUCCUGCAGUCAUUCAUUUUAAUAGCCCCACACCAUUUUGUGUUCACGAAAAAAAAUUAGAGACAAUAAUUCUUCAACGUAAUAUAUUAUGGAAUAAAACUUACAAAAUCCUAAAGCGAAUAAACUUCAAACUAUACUAGAUAGGUACAGGUCCCGCAAAAUAACCUGGCGAGAGCUGGCACAGGCAAAGCUAAAGCUGUAUACAAAAAAGUUUACACCCCUAACAUUUCCUAAUUUUGUCUAAUAAGCAAAUUGCUUUCUCGCCACCUCAUUUUGCGGGGCAUGUGAAGAAUAAUUACGUGCAGUACAGGGUGGCUGAAAUUCGAGCCUCAUCAUUGGGAUUUCAGAAACCGUAAGAGGAAAUAUCCGGAAAAUUCCGAAAAUUGCGAUUUUGGUUUUUAUUUUUUCCUGACUUUAUUUUAAGAGAUCAAGAAAAAUCAAGAAAACUUUCUUGAAGCACUUUUGGGUGGACUUUACUGUGGUGAUAUUACUUUAGAAAUUCGACGUUUUGGCAUCCCAAUGCCAUCAUCAACCUAAUUUUUUCUAAUACGCAUCUGGAUUUUUUUUUACAUAAUUUGUUUCGUUUUGACAUUCUAAAAUGCGUCAUAUAACACGUUAUGAAAUUUCGACCGAAAAUAUUCAUCCUCAGGCAAAAUUAUUAGUAUAAUUUUUGAAUAUGAUUCCGAGUUUUAAUCCACAUGCCAAUUUUAGUUAAAAGACAUGAUAUAAUGUUUCUUGUAUCAAAUUAAAAAAAAUAAAAACCAGAAUCACAAUUUUCUGAAUUUUCCGAAUGUAUUAGGAAUUUCUGAAAUUUUAAAACAAAUUUUGUUAAGCAUCAAAAUUUCUCAACUUUGCCAUAAUUUAACCGACCCCGUAUCUCUUACGAAAUCUCAAUGAUGAGGCUCGAAUUUGAGCCACCCUGUACAAAAUACAACCAUUUUUUAUGUCAAAUAUUCAUAAACAAUAAUCUGCAUAAAUCUGAGAUAAAUAAAGGCAUAUUUGCUGAUGGCAGCACAGCAAAUGUGUAAAGUAUAAUAAAUACAGAUUCAUAUUAAAUUAUAAAAAUGUGUAAUGUUAUUAUUUAUCCAAGCAAAAUUAUUAUUUUUGUAAAUUUUAAAUAAAUUACCAGCUUGGGAGAAAAAAUAAUUUUAUGAGCAAAUUAUUCAAAUCUAAAAUAAAGUAUAAAAUAAUAUUGUCAGUCUUCUCACUAUCCCUUUUUCCCUCAACCAUGUAAAGCUUAUUAAAAAUAUAAAUAUACUGAAAACACAUACUUAUUGGUAUAACAGUGAUUAAGUGUUUUGUGCCUACAUAAUAUAUUCAAUAUAAUAUGUAUGGUGAAAAGAUACAACACAAUUUACCCUUACACCAAAAAAAAUUAUGUAAUCUUGCCAAUUCUAGGUUAAGACAUUCGGCAUGAAAAAGCAUUAUUUCGAUUUUGUUUUUAAUACAAUAUUUGAGUUUCUCGAUUUAAAAAAUCCAGAGCCAUAAAAUACUUUUUCAAUGAGAUUCCCUUAAUACUGUUUAUAUUUCGUACAAAAAAAAUGUGUCAAACUAAAGGAAAAAUAAAUAUUUAUUUAUUGAAACCAAUACUGACUGUUUCGAAAUACAGCACAGUUAGCAAAAAUCUUGUAGCAAUAUUGCUUAUUAUUAUUACAAUAAUUACAAGUGGGUCUUUUCUGUAAGGCUGCCGAGUUCUGGUCUGCCGUUGCUGACAGGUGAAGACAACGGUUUGGAUUUAAAGCCGUGUUCUAAUAAAUGAUAAAUUUCACAUGAGUCUCGGCCUUUGGUUUCUGGGAGAUAGA